AUGGAUAUCAUAAAAAGAGAAAUAACAACCUUCAAAAGCGAGGUGCGCCAAUUCAUACGGCGCCCGCGCGAGAACAUCGAGCAGCUGCUUGCAACAGCCUGCGUCCUGUUCACCGCCCUUAUGCUUUGGAAGACGGCAAACCUCUAUACAGGUACCGACUCCCCCGUAGUGGUGGUGCUAAGCGGAAGCAUGGAACCGGCAUUUUACCGUGGCGACAUCCUCUUCCUCAUGAAGCACGAUACGGUUUCAGCGGGUGAUAUCGUAGUUUUCAAGGUGCACGGCAGAGAUAUACCAAUUGUGCACCGAACGUUAAGUUUGCACGCAAACAGCAACGAAAUUAACGUCCUGACCAAGGGUGACAACAACGACGUCGCAGACCGUGGGCUGUAUUCGAGAGGGCAGAAAUGGCUGGAUGGCAAGCAUCUGGUUGGAACCGUCCUGAUGCGAAUACCCAAGUUCGGGAUUAUCACCAUCAUACUUAACGAGAAUCGCGCUCUAAAAUGGUCGCUUAUAUCAAUGCUAAUAUAUCUGGUACUAAGCGGCAAGGGAUGA